CCGUCAAGAACGUUUGGAGAGGGCCUCAUAUAAAAGCAUUGGCAAGCCGUUCCAGCUCAAUUAGUUUGUUUUAAAAAUUCCUAACAGAAACACGCGUUUCUCCGACCGUUUGUCAAAUUUUGGUCCAGUGAUUGACCGAUCCUAGCCUAGUACCAUUCCAGUAGACGAAGAACCAAUCGACGGUUUAUCAGUGAUUGGAAAAACGGUACAUUAGUACAUCCUGGCCAUAGUUGCUCGCGGAAAUCCUCUCCAAACGGGAACAUUUUUUUCUUACUCUCAAUCCGCACCGUAUGUCGUCGUGAUAAGCGCGAGGAAAAUCCAGUGUCGAAGAGAAAAUUUUGGGGAUUCGUAAAUCAGAAGAAACGCGUGAGAGUUUAUGUGAUAAGAAUUUUGAUAAGCGAAAGUGAAAAUUGUGACACACAAGUGGAGUAAUACGCAAAAGAGAGAAUAUUGCUGCGAAGAAAGUUUUCCCGAAAGAAACGGAAAGGCGAACCUCUGGGUGAUAAAUCUAUCAGUGUGUGCACCAGUGUCCUGCAUCGCAAAACGAAACGGAGUUUUAGGAUAACGGUCGACAUAACGAAGUAAAUCAACUUUCCAGAAGAACUUAAGACACCAACACUACCAUGGGUACCUUGCAACAAUUGGCCGUCAUCAAGGGACAGCAGCGUGGAUUGAUCCCUGCCCUUCUACAUCGGAACUUCGAGGCCAACGUUGAUAAAUUCUGUGGAACCGAUUUGGCGCUGAUUUUCAACGAUGACAGCCGAGGCCUCACCAAGACCAACUACAACGUUUUGAACUCGACGGCCAACCGCGUGGCGGCGGCCGCCAUCGACGAUAUCAUAAAUUGUCACAAAUCGCAACCGAAUCGGGACGGAGAUUACAUCAUCGCCGUUUGUAUGCAGCCUAGCGAUCGGCUGGUGACGACUUUGUUGGCAAUUUGGAAAGCCGGUGCCGCCUAUCUCCCGCUGGAUCCGACCUUUCCGCCGAACCGUAUCGAGCACAUUCUGAACGAGGCACAACCGGUGCUGGUCAUUCACGAGGACUACGAAAAUGUGGCCGUGUUCGGCGCAACGCCGGCUGUUUCCUACAACGAUCUCAGGAAAAAGGCUAGCGACAUCAGCAAUGCGAACAUUCUUCCGCAGCAAAUGCUGGGCGUGGGCAUGAACGAACUAGCUUUGGUACUAUACACCUCCGGAAGUACGGGCGUUCCUAAAGGUGUCCGAUUGAAUCACGCCACCAUUCUCAAUCGCUUGCAAUGGCAGUGGAACCGAUUCCCCUACUCGGAAACGGAAAAGGUUGGUAUAUUCAAAACUGCACUAACCUUCGUCGAUUCCGUCACGGAAAUCUGGGGUCCCCUGUUGAACGGGAUGGCCAUCGUGGUCGUUCCCAAGAAGGUAACCAACAACCCGGAGAGACUCGUUGAACUGCUCGAGGAGUACAAAAUCGAGCGCCUGGUUUUGGUCCCAACCCUGCUGCGGUCAUUGCUUCUCUAUCUGCCACUUCAGAACAAACAACUUUUGUACAACCUCCGCAUCUGGGUAUGCUCCGGAGAGCCUCUACAGCUAUCGCUGGCAAAAGAGUUCUUUGACUACUUCGAAGAGGGAGUUCAUCAGUUGUGUAACUUCUACGGAUCAACCGAAGUUAUGGGAGACGUCACGUACUUCGUUUGCGAAUCCAAGAAACAACUCAGCAAUUUUGAGAAAGUUCCUAUUGGGUAUCCUCUGGAUAACACUGUGAUAUACAUCCUUAAUCCAGAACUUCAACCGGUUAAACCCGGUGAUAUUGGAGAACUGUUCGUAUCGGGGUCGAACCUGGCUCAGGGCUACGUCAACGGUCGUGAUCCACAUCGCUUUAUCGAUAACCCACUGGCCGUAGACCCCAUCUACUCGAGACUCUACCGCACGGGAGAUUUCGCUUCAGCCACAAAGGGAUGUGUCUACUACGAAGGUCGCACUGAUUCCCAGAUCAAGAUCCGUGGUCAUCGAGUAGACUUAUCAGAAGUGGAAAAGAAUCUUCUGUCGCUGCCUGGCGUCGAUAAAGGUAUUGUUCUAUGCUAUCACGCUGGAGAAAUCGACCAAGCCUUGCUCGGAUUCAUCACGGUCGAAAAGGACUCUACUCUACAAACUGGAUUACAAAUUGAAGGCGCACUGGAGAGCAAGCUUCCACACUACAUGAUCCCGCAGGUCAUCAUUCUUGACAGCAUUCCACUCUUGGUCAACGGUAAAAUCGAUAGACAAAGUCUGUUGAAAAUGUAUGAGAACACAAACAACAACGAUGACGCCACCAUCGAGAUCGAGUAUGACUACACCGGUGUUCCGGAGUGCAAAAUGGCUAUGGCCCAGGAUCUUUUCACCACUGUGGGUCAGGUCAUUGGACGCUCUACGCGUAGUAAAAUUUCACUGCAAAGCAACUUCUACGAAUUAGGAGGAAACUCGUUGAACUCGAUCAUCACUGUAACACAACUCUGCCAGAAAGGUCACGCGAUAAGUAUUACCAGUUUCAUUGGUGCCGAAAACCUGGCAGAAAUUUUAGAUAAAAUGUACAGCAACCAGCAGCACAUUUCCGAACACGAACAAACUGUUGGAAACGGUUCUUCCGUUACUCCAGAAUUUGAAUUCGAGUACAAAUUGAAGCUCUCUGCGCAUCCACUGGCCGACGAACACAAGGAAGACGCGAUCAACAUCCUGACGUACAGUUUCUACGAAAAAGCUGAUCUGGAACGAUGGAUCAAACCGUUGAUCCGGGAGCAGGACUAUCGGGAUAUUCUGGAGACCAUUUGGGAUGUUUUGAUCGAAAAGCAGCUCAGCUUCAUGAUCAAGGAUGAAACCGGAAAAUCGGUGGGUGUCUCUCUGAAUUUCGAUGCUCAUGACGAACCGGAGCCAGAAGUGAACAAUAACCUAGUGAUAAUCUUUGAGUUCCUUGAAUACGUGGAAAAACCUAUUAGGGAACAAAAGUUACCACAGGGUAAGAAUCAGAUUCUACACUCGUUCAUGAUGGGUACCUGUGCAGAGCUGAGCGCUCAAGAAAACAUCGAGGCUAUGCACUUUAUGGAGAGCGAAGUGCUUAAGAUCGCGAUCCGGCGGAACUUUGCGGGUAUUCUGACGACUAACACCAGUCCGCUAACCCAGCAACUUGGAUCAAACGUUUACAAGUACGAAACCAUGCUAGAUUACAAAAUCAAUCAGUACGUCUACAGUGACGGAAGCCGACCGUUUGGCAAGGCGGGAGACGAUCAGCGGGUGAUCGUGCACUGGAAGGACAUCCGAAAACAGCACUGAACGUGUUCCCCAAAGAUGGUUGAAAGGGCUAUUGGCAUAAUUAGUAGUGUUCUAGGUACCAUAUUUAUCGCUGCAAUAAUGAUCUAAUUUAAUGGCUACACAAGAAUAGGCUAAGAAACCAUGGAACAGUAUGUCGAAAUGUAACCAACCGUAGAUAUUGAUAGCAAAUGUAAACUGUAAGGUAUUGCACUGAUUGUGCUGCAAGAAUCUUUACGAGUUAGUUGUAGCACUAGGUGUGUAAGUGAUAUUUUAAUUCUUAGGUUGAUCGUACAAACAAGGUGGUCUUAGACAAGUGAGAAAGGAAACUGUGAGAGGAUGUUAGUUUUGUAAGUUAUUUGUUUCUGGAUUUUAAGGAAACUACUAUUUAUGACAAUAAAUCGAAUUAUGACUCAUUCGUGAAA